CCCAGAGGACGGCCAGCAAGCGAGGCCGCGCAAUGGAAAGGCAGCCAAGCUCUCGGCAGCAAUAAGACUUUGCACCGAGUCCCGGGAAAGAUGAGCCUUCGCUUCUUGCUCUUGGCGUCCUUGGCACCCAUCGUGCGCACUGAAGGCAUCAGGGAACAACGUGUUGAUGUCCAGUUGGAAGUGGAAAACUCUACUACCCUCCAAAUUGAGUGGGAUUCACACCUUUUUUCCAUAUUUGAAUGUGUCCUCCUUAUCUUUGUAAAAGGAAGGAAGGAAGAUGAAAUAUUCCUAUUGCCAAGAAAUGGAAGUUUGAAGCUAACAGAUCGAAAACCUGGAACUCUUUACACCAUCAGCUUGACCUGUUUUAAUGGAGAAACAGUUCUCAAGUCUUCAAAUGUCAGCAUUGAUACAGGAAUAGAACCAAGUACUCAAUCUUUAACAUCACGAUCCACGUCAAGAACAAAAGCACAGUCCAAUUCAGAUGGCCACUGGAACCAUGCCAAGUUACUCAGCUCCGAUGUGCUGACUGGAGCUGUGUUUGGUUGCAUUGGUGCAGUAAUCCUGAUGUACCUGUCCUAUUCAUUUUAUAAAAAGUGGAGACGAGAUGAAAGACUACGAGCAUUUCUAAGACUCCAUCGAAAUGCAGAAGUUGCCCCUUACUUUAUUUUUGGCGUGAAUGAAGAAAAUGUUGGGUGAACCAUCAAUCAUCCUGAAGAGAGUAAUGCACAUAAUAACUUUAAUGCCUUAUUUGCACAUAUCAGAUUUUUGGAUUAUUAACUUUUCUUAAUAGUGCAAUCCUGUUUUUCAGAUCUGCACAUAUCAGAAAAUAAAUGAA